AUGUUCUCCUCCAACGUGAUGCCCAUCAAGGUUGAACGCCAAUAUUCACCUCCAGCUUCAAAGUAUGCCAAUCAAAUUCUGAGCCCUGUUGUUCUGGAAGAGGUCCCAAGAAGCGCCGAAGAUGGCUAUUAUAUGACGGAGUAUUUUCGCCUGCCAUUUGGAAUAGCCUUGAUCCCUCAAAAGAAUGUGGUGAUCUUUCUGUGCUUUCUAGGGCUGUUUGUUGCUUAUAUCAUUCGGAUCUGUCUAUCCCAGGCCAUGAUACCGAUGUCGAUUCACUAUGGAUGGGAGGAGGCCAUCCAGGGACACAUAUUUGCUGCGUUUUAUUACGGAUAUUUGAUCACCCAAAUACCAGGGGGGUGGGUUAGUCAAAUAUUUGGCUCAAAAUACGUCAUCCUUUGUGGGAUUCUGGGAUCUUCCGUUCUAAACACCCUGGUGCCAGCGGCCUCAAGCAAUGUCCGUUUAUUUAUUGCCGUAAGAAUGCUUACCGGCUUUGUCCAAGGUGUAAGAGGAUCUCUUAAUUUAAAGAUAGUGGCGUUUGUGAUUUCGGGACAGCAUUUGGGGACUGCCGUAGCUCAGGGUGGCUAUCCGCUGCUGGCGACGCGUCUAGGCUGGAGAGUGCCCUUUUAUUUAAUCGGCGUUCUUGGAUUUGUUUGGUCGCUUUUUUGGGUUUACUUGAUCAAGAGCAAGCCGACAAUCCCAAUGCCCUCGACCACAUCUUCAAUCCUAAUUUGCAGCUCCCCCGUCAACGAUGAGACACAAGGCGGCGGCAAUGUUGGCGAUUUACAAGAAAUAUCGCCUAUCGAAUACUCCUCAGGCAUGACAACCAAAGAUUCGCUUUCGCCUUGGAUAACGUCAGGAACAUCCUCAUUUAUCAUUCAAAAGCCCCCUUGGUAUGAUUUCUUUUUCCAUCUGUCGGUGUGGGCUUAUUUUGUGCUGUUUUUCUGCUAUAAUUGGUCCUUUUAUUUACUUGUCGCAUAUUUGCCCAAAUACUUGGCCACCAUUCUCGGGUUUUCCGCUGGAACGUCCGGAAAAAUCACCGUCACCGCGUACAUUGGGCUAUAUGCAAGCAUUCUUGUUGGUGGGCGGCUUUCCGCUUCGCUUAUGUCAAAGAAAAGAUACAGCCCCACGUUCACUAGAAAAUUGGGCGUUUUCAUCGGAUUGCUUCCUUCAAUCUUAUUGUUGCCUGCCAUUGGAGCCGGCAUAUUUCAAGAUCGCAACAGUAUAGCAACUGUACUUGUCAUAAGCAUUGCUGCGACCGGAUUUGCCCAGGCCGCCUAUGCGCCUAAUCCGAUGGAUUUGUUUCCCAAGUCACCCGCCAUAGUUGCCUCGAUUGGUAAUUCCAUCGGAACACUGCCGGGAUUUCUAUCCUCAAUUAUGGCCGGGUGGAUCCUGCAGAAAGGAAAUUGUGGAUCUGCUUCUGAAAAGAUUUGGAAUGAUUUACAUGUUGGAUCCCCGUCUCCAUUCAAUGCCCCUCCCAUGUGUCUCACGGCAUGGGGCUUGGUGUUUGGGAGCUGCGCCGCGGUGUAUUUAUUUGGCUUGGUAAUUUGGCUUUUGUUUGCGUCUGGGGUACCAAUCAGACCAGCAGCACGCUUCGGAUCAUCACAUCCAAUGAGGGGGGCAAUGGUCCUUCAGAUAGCUAAUAGUGUCCCAUUGAUGAUCAAACGCCAUAACAAUGCCCUCCGUAUUUAUAGAGCAUAUCCAGGCCAUAAACAGGGGCAAGUCACUUGGCGGUAUUACCUCCGAAAAGGAGGCCAAGUUUAUCACACACGCUAUGUUGCAAUUGCACACGAAAAGAGAGACGGACGUGAACAGGUCUUAAUGCCGAUGGACGGAGACACCAACAAGUCAGGCCCGAUGGGCGCGUUUUGGUGUUGCAAUAUUAGGAUGGCAUCUGGCAAGGUGUUGCUCGCCAGGGACUCUGCAUGGCAUUGCGUUGCCUUCCACAGUUGA